AUGGCGGAAAUCAUCGGCGUCAUCGGCAGCGUUGUCGGCUUGCUCACCGCUGCCGAGGUAGCCCACAGCAAGAUGAAAGGGAUGAAAGGCCUGCCUGAAGCAUUCGACGCAGUCGCCCGACAAGUCCCCCUCGCGCAAAGAAUCCUGGACGCAGUCGAGUCUCAGACUCGGAACGCCCCAGAAUCGACACUCAGAGCCAUCCUCCCGGUCGUCCAUUCUUGCAGGGAGAAUGCCGAGACUCUGAAGACAACGUUGGAGAAACUUCAACCAGGAGACUCCGCGUCGGCUUGGAGCCUUGAUCACUACGUCUCCCUGAUCAAGUGUCGGGGGAAGAAAGGGCGCGUUGAAGAUUUGAUGAGGCAGAUUCUCCGGGAUAUCUUGACUCUGGCGAGUUACAAGACGAUCCAUGCAGCGACCUCUGAAGAGCUCGCUGGGCUCAAGGCAGCUAUUGAGGAAGUUGGAAACGUCAAGGCAUCUGCCCCAGAUACUCUCUUGGAGGAUGCGAAGGGGGUGAAUAUCUCUCAUGGAGGCCAGGGACCUAUGUUGAAUCAAGUCGGCGACUACACCACGUCAUGGAAUCACUUCGGUUCUGGUCAUAUCAAUCAUGUUCAAGGAGAUGCACAUUUCGGAGCGACUCAAGAUGAAAGAAAACGGCAGGCCCUGCGGCGGCUCAACCCUUCAUCCUACGAAUCACACAAGGAUAGAAACCCACCAGCCGCUGUCAACACGUGCAGGUGGUUUGUGGAGCAUCAGAACUUUCGAGACUGGCUUUCUGAGCAGUCCUCCAGCCUGCUUUGGGUCUCUGCAGACCCUGGAUGCGGAAAGUCCGUCUUGGCUAGACAUUUGAUCGAAAACGUCCUACCGACCUCAACUCCGUCCUCUAGGGUCAUCUACUUCUUCUUCAAGGACGAUUUCGCCGACCAAAGAAGCGCAGAAAGCGCCUUGCGGGGCUUGCUUCACCAGCUGUUGAGUGGCGAUUCCCCUCUAUUCACCAAGGCGCUGCUAGAGUCCUUUGAAGAUCUCGGCGAAAAGAUGUUUGAAGGCUUUAGCAACCUCUGGAGACUGUUUCUGAACACAAUCAGUCAACCAAAUGCCGGAGAAAUCAUAUGCGUCCUGGGUGCACUGGACGAAUGCCAUGUCGGAUGGGAUAGGUUGAUCAAAAGCUUAGGUGAACUCUGCGGAAACCCGACUUCUGGUUUCAAGCCUAUCUUGCUAAGUCGGCCGUACAGCAACAUAGAGAGUGACUUCCGGUCCCUCCAAGGAAAAGUUAAAUUCAUUCGUGUCAGAGGCGAGGACGACUCGGAGCUCACCAACAUCGAAUCAGAAAUUGAGAUUGUGAUUCGGAGCAAGGUCGACGGUCUGAAAAAGGAGUUGGGACUCACCCAGGAAGCUGAAGAGCUGCUCUUUCAGCAGCUCUGUCAGACACAAAACAGAACUUAUCUCUGGGUGCAUCUCGUGUGCGACAUGCUUCGGACUGUGGAGAAUGUUAGCAUAUCAGACUCCAUUCAGCAGAUUCCCAAGACGGUAGAGGAGGCGUACAACAAGAUACUCAAUCAGGGCCGAGACCAUGACAAGGCUAGGGUGCUGCUUCACAUUGUCGUCGCAGCAUAUAAGCCUCUAUCUCUGGACGAGAUGGCGACGGCUUUAGCUAUACAAAGUCACAAGUCCCUCGAAAUGCCAGAGCUGCAGGUUGCAACAGCAGAGGACUGCCGAAAGAUCAUCCGGAAUGUUGCAACGACAUCGUACAUGGCCUUCCAUCACUGGAGUGGAAGUCCUGUUUACAGCCGCACGAUUCGAAUGGAAUUCUAG